AUGAAAAAAAUUACAUCACGUUGGGUAUCCCAUCAACUGACUGAUGAACAAAAGCAAGAACGUGUUAAACUUUGUCGCGACAGUUUAGCGAAAUUUCGUAAUGGUUCCUGGCUGUUAUGUGAUAUUAUAAUAGGUGAUGAGACGUGGAUUUACCAUAGGCAGAUUGGUCGCAAGUCAACCAAUGCAAGCUGGGUUAGUGAAGGUGAAUCACUAACAACUAUUGUUCGUCGAAAUAAAUUUGAACCAAAAAUUUUAUUUUUUAUAUUCUUAUCAAAUAGUUCUGUUGUUAUACCUGCUGUUGAUGAAGGCAAGACUAUAGAUCACAACUAUUAUAUUGAAAAUUGCCUCAAAUCUAUGGUCAAAGAAAUAUGGAAACAAAGAAGGUCAGAUGGUACAAAAGGUAUAAAAUUGCUUCAUGAUAAUGCUGAACUCCAUCGUCAUUCAGAUGUUAUUAAUUAUUUAACAGAAGAACGUAUCAAUAUAAUGCCGCAUCCACCAUAUUCACCUCCCAGGAAGAAGUGA